GCAAAUUUGAAAUAUCGGAGAUUUCAGCAGAUGAGUCAAUGUUUGUGGUGGCGGAGGAAGGUGUAGAGGCAAAACAAGCCCAGCGUUUUGGGUGCUGAGCAAGUUGAGGCUCAAAGUAACGAGACAUUGACUUAUUUGUUAAGUUUUGUGCUGGUGUGUGACACCACGAGUGCUGCGGAGGUCCUACACAUUGCCAACGCCCACAUGGACUCCGCAAGAAGAUAAUUGCAACUGGGUUCUCCUGGUGUUUGCUGCAAUGCAUAAAGUGACAGUGCACCAUGGAUAAUUCUGAACUUACUAGAAAUUAUCAUUCAUCUGAUGAAAAGGAAUUGGAUGAAAGCUGUACUGGGUGCACUAGAACUGCUUUUGCAGCCCCACACUUAGAACAAAAUGGUCAGGAAUCGCCAAAUUCACCCAAAGAGAAAAAUGAGGAUGUAGUAUCUGAGUUAUUGGAGAAUUGUGCUCCACCACCGAUUCGAACAACUGGGACUUGGCCAUCUUGUGAUGAAUCCCUUAUGACAAACACAACAGAAAAUGCGAAAAUAAAACAGCAGGCAAUGGAUGAUGAUGGAGAAUCCACUGGAUAUAGUGAUGAAGAUGAUUUUGAUGAUGCAGAAGGUAGUGGGGAAGAAGAAGAAAUGCCAUCAGAAGAAGAGUUUCCUAAAUUAGAAGGUACAGGCACAAGUAAAGAAGUACACACAGCAAAUGUGAAAACAGAAGAGGACCAGGAUGGUAAUUGCAAGAAGUCAUCAUUGUCACUAUACUCUGGAAUGAGCGAUAUUAUCAAUGAAUCAUUCCAAAGUGGGUCAAAUUCCUCUCCAUCAUCAUGUUCUUCCACUCCGUCCCAGUCCCCAUGUAAGACAUCACAGGGUGGACUGUCUCGUCUACAGGCCUUCUCCUCGAAUCUUGUACACAAGGGAGGUGGCCUCUUAGUCCAUCAUCCUGUUACUCCUAAGAAACGAGUUAUUACUAAGACCAAAACGGAUCACCUGAGUGAUGAGCUAAAUUUAGGAUACAGAAUUCUGGGUGAACUGAUGUCAGAUUACCAGAAAGGAAGCAAUGCCCCAUUUAUGGAAGCUAUUGAGUUAGACCCAGAAAGAAACAGAGAUUACUUGGAGGUUGUGAAGAAACCAUUAUGGCUUAAGAAAAUUAAGGAUGAUCUGUUAGCUGGAAAGUAUCAUAACAUUACAGAGCUAAUUGGUGACCUGCGAACUAUGCUAGAAAAUGCUUAUCGAUACUAUGGACCUGUCAACUCUGUUUCUAAAAAGGGCCUUAAGCUAGAACACAUGAUGGAACAGAAAAUUUUACUCCUUCCAAAGGAAGUUCGAGAACUUUGCUCACUGGAAAAAUACUUCCCUUAUAGGCUUUGGUCAGGGAGAUGGCCAGAAAGGUUGGUUGAGAGAUUUAGGAACCACAACUACACUGUUAGUAUUUUUUUUUUUUUACAUGCAGGUGAGAACUUUUUUUCGUAUAUUUUGUAUCGUGUCCGUGGCUGCAGGGGUCAGCGUGAAAAAGAAAUGAAGAAAAGAAGAAUGGAUGCCAUGAGACAAGCCAAACGUGAUCGUGAACAAGAAGUCGUAGACUGGGAAAAAGACCUACUGAAGGAACCAAUACACUCUCAUAUGAGAGCUAUGUGGGAGCUUCCCCAGAUAGGCCACUUUAUCUUCUUAACUCUGAAGACGCUCAACAUCUAUGAGGUACCACAAUAUGAGCUGGAGCGCAUGCUGUUAAUGCCCCGGGCAUCUCGCACACUUGCAAUGCUCCUCACAUCACUUUUGUCAUCACCUCAGCAAAGACAGAAGUUAAAUGAAAAACCUUAUAUGCCCUAUAAAGUAUGGGCCCGAAAACUAGCUCAUAAAACACUUUUAUGGUAUAGGUGCUAUUAUCGGGAAAAUAAAGACCCUCAGAAGGUCUUUGACCAAAUGGGGAUUGAACCUCAGUUUUGGUGUGUGUGUGGCCCUACAAAUCCUUUUGAUCGCCAACUCUUCCAUGAGAUGACGUAUCAUCAGCGAGUGUGGUUACUGAAGUCCCUCUGUGAUUUCCUCUUACACAAUCACAAGACCGUACAGGAAGUUAUUGCAGAGCAGACUGAGUCAGAUCAACGGGAAUAUCACCUUGGCCAGGACCGUGAUGGUAAUGACUACCUUCAUUUCCCACAAUUUUGUGGGCAGGACCUUAGGAUUUAUAGAAGAUCACGAGUACCAUCUCCUGAAAUCACAGCUGAGGAAGAAGAAACAGUUCAAGGAAGUGUUCUGCCAAUUGAAAAAAUUAAGGAACAUAGGAAAAUGAUGAGAAAAUUCAGGCAUAAAUAUGAAGAAGAAGCAGAAUGGGAAGGUUCAAGAGGGAAAAAAAGAAGAAAAAGAGGAAGAGGUCGAGGUAGAGCUAUUGACCCUGAGGAAGAAGUUGGUCUUAAUAGUCGAAGCAGGCCUGGGAACUUAAGACAACGUCCAAGAGCUAGGUAUAAUGACCAGUUUGAGGACUUGGGUUUGUCCUCAGAUGAGGAAGUAAAAACUAAAUCAAGAGGGAAGAGAUCUUGGGUAUCAGUCAUUAAUUCAUCUAGUGAGAGUGACUCAGAAAGGGAUAAUGAAGGAACUGCUAGCACACCAUUAGCAGCUGAUCCUGAUGAGGAUGAAGGAGCAGGCAGUAACAGCCCUUUACAUCAAGAGAGCCUCAGUCGAGCACAACAAAAAAAUCCUAGAACCAAGAGAGGAGGAAAAAAGAAGCCAACAUGUGAGCUUUGUGGCAAAACAUUCCAGAAUAUUGCAGCCCUCAAGGGUCACCGAGCAGUCCAUACAAAGGAAAAGCAAAGAUUGGCAAGCAGUGCAGAAGACAUUCCGCUAACAAGUAAAAGAUCAAAAUUAGUUGAAGGUGAUAGAGAAACUUUAGAAACAAGCACGGAUAAUGGUGUUGAUAGACUUAGCAGUGAAAAAGAUAACUGUAUUGUACAAAAUGGAGAGAAUGAACCUGAAGUGAAAAAAGAACUUGGAGUUGACAAUAAUAAGGUGAAUGAUCUGAAAAGUGAAUCUCUAAUUAAUGGUGAGAUAAAAGAUGAACCAUCAGAAAAUAGAGACAAUAAAGUUAAAACUAGAACUGAUGAUGAUGUGAGAAAUUGUACUCCUGCUUUUAUUAGUAAUGUAAAGGGUGAAAAAAUUGACGAUGUUUGUGUUAAAGUGGAGAAGGAAGCUAAAACAGAAAAUGGUAAGACUGAAAGUCCCACUAGAGCUGAAGAUGAUAAUGGAAGUGAGAAUCAGGAAUCUCCAUCUUGUAAUGGUUUUGUGAAAGAAGAAGAGAAAGAUCAGAAAGAAGAUAGCUAUGAUGAAACCAAACCCAAGUCCCCUUCAUCUCCAAAAGAACUUGCACCUAUUUAUGACGCAUCUCCUUACCUUCCUCGCUUGGAAGAUUUUGAGCUUGUAGUCUCGUCUGUUGAGCAACUGCGAGCUCUCAUCCAAAAGUUUGGAGAUCUGCCUGAUGGAUCAGCAGAAGACGAAGAAAAGGGUAACCAAAAGAAGCUAAAG